AAAUAUGCUCCGAUACAGCAGGUGGCGGUGUGCAGUUUAAGUGUUGGUUGUAACUCGCUUGCAAUCGAAAGGCGAAGGAGGAGGAAGACGAAAACUGGACAGGAGUUGAGCUCUUUCCAGCAAGAAAAUGGACACACGAUUCACUCGAGGGAAAUCCAACAUCCUGGAAAGACCCCUAACCCGACCCAAGACAGAAGUCAGCCUGAGUGCUUUUGCGCUCCUGUUCUCAGAGAUGGUCCAGUACUGUCAGAGCCGUGUGUACUCUGUGUCUGAGCUGCAGACGCGCCUGGCAGACAUGGGCCAGAGUGUGGGAGCCAGCAUGCUGGACGUGCUGGUGCUGAGAGAAAAGAACGGGAAGAGAGAGACCAAAGUACUCAAUAUGCUGCUCUUCAUCAAGGUUAACGUCUGGAAGUCUUUGUUUGGAAAGGAGGCUGACAAGCUGGAGCAGGCCAACGAUGAUGAUAAAACUUAUUACAUCAUAGAAAAGGAGCCACUUAUCAAUACAUACAUCUCUGUGCCCAAGGAGAACAGCAGCUUGAACUGCGCUGCCUUCACUGCAGGCAUCGUGGAGGCCAUCCUUACACACAGUGGCUUCCCUGCCAAGGUCACCGCCCACUGGCACAAAGGCACCACGCUUAUGAUAAAGUUUAACGAGUCAGUCAUAGCCAGGGACAAGGCUUUGGAUGGCAGAUAAGGAAGACUGCAGAAAGUGGGUGCUCAUGUUAAUUAGUACAGGUUGAAGAUAAAUCAACCAGGUACUGGCUAGUGUUUGUUCCUGACUGAAUUUCAGUAUGUUAACUAAGUGACUUUAUGGAUGGAUGACUGCAACAUACUAAGCCACGUCUAGAGAAGGAAAACAUGCAGCUAGUUGGUUCAUUCUUACAAGUUUUUGUGGAUCAUCUCACUCCUAUUAUACCUCAUAAAGUGACCCUAAAUUGUGUACAGAAGAUCACUUUUGAUUUGUAGUUUUCUUGUCAAGAUUAGAUAAUACUUUCACCACAGUAUUUUUUUUUUGCUUUCAACAUUCAUUCUCAAAUUAAAUAAAAAAUUAAAUAACUACUUAAAUUAGGCUCCAGGAGAUCUUGACAGGUUUUUUACACAGAUGAAAAAUCAUCACCAGAUUAUUUGAUAACAAAUGUAAUGGUGAGGUGCAGCCAAAGCCUCAUAAGAUGAAAGUGAAACAAGCCACUAACCGGUGGCCAACUAAUUAGAGCAUCCCUGAUUUGUAUGUUAGUAAAACUUGAUGUCACAAUACCUCAAUACAAAACACUUCAUUUUACAAGAGAAGGUCCAGACUCAUGAGAUGAUUUCUCAAAGUUGCAUUCCAGUUCAUCUCCAGCUGCAUGUCUCAUCUCUAUAAAAUAAAUUUAUAAUCAGGGCUGUAGUUAACAUUGAUGAUAAUGAGGUCAUAUUCUCAUUUUUUAAAAUGUUCUUAUAUUUGUAUUAUUUUAUUAUUGUUCGAGGGGGUGAAUGAGACUUGGGUGGGAGUUUGAAGUAACAGUAGAGUUUACAUGGUAAAAUUGAAAGCAACAUAUAAAUUUUACCUCACAUUUCCUGUUGUUAGAAAAAUAUUUUGAUACUUUGGGGAAAUAUGCGUAUUUGUGGGCUACUUUCCAAAAUAAGGCGCACGUUCGAUGAGUAUUAAAGAAGCUACAGCAGCCAGUUAGCUUAGCAUAUAGACUGGAAACAGGGAAACGAUUAGCUUGUCCCUGUCCAAAGGUAAAAUAAUUUGUGUACCAUCACCUCUUAAUCUCACUAAUUAACACGUUAUAUCUCGACAGUUUAUCUGUACAAAUGACAAAGUGCAUAAACAAAACACAUGGU